AGCUCCAGACUUUCCCUCCCUCUCUCCAAUCCGUUACUGAGGCUUUCGAGGUGUCACAGCCUUGGCAACGCAGGCAACAGGGUACCGCUGCGCAAGAAAAGAUCACUCCUAGACCCGGGAUAUUGCGCCCGCAGUUUCCUAAAACCGAACAUGAAACCUGAGUUAUUUGCAGUAGACUUAAUACUGCUGUGCUUAUCUUGCGGAGCAAGUGCAUUGGCAACGACUAUUCCUGCUGUCUCCACGUUCUUGCCUGCCGCCAAUUUCACCAAUCUUGGCGCAGCGCACAGCUAUGGGUCCGAUAUCACGACUAUUUCUAAAAGCAGGAGGAAGCGUUAUAUUAGUCAGAACGACAUGCUCGCUAUUCUUGACUACCAUAACAAAGUAAGAGGGAAGGUGUUUCCCCCAGCGUCCAAUAUGGAAUACAUGGUGUGGGACGACACCCUUGCUAAGACGGCCGAGGACUGGGCUCAUGCCUGCAUGUGGGAGCACGGGCCACCUCACCUCCUCAGGUUCCUGGGUCAAAACCUCUCCGUCAGGACAGGACGCUAUCGAUCCAUUCUCCAGCUGGUGAAGCCGUGGUACGAUGAGGUCAAAGAUUAUACUUUUCCAUACCCCCGUGACUGCAACCCUCGAUGCCCUCUCAAAUGCUACGGGCCCAUGUGUACCCAUUACACACAGAUGGUGUGGGCAACAUCCAACAAAGUUGGCUGCGCUGUUCACACGUGCCAUAACAUGAAUGUAUGGGGUUCAGUGUGGAAACGGGCAACGUAUUUGGUUUGCAACUACUCACCCAAGGGUAACUGGAUUGGAGAGGCUCCCUACAAAGUAGGAGUACCCUGCUCCGCCUGCCCCCCCAGCUACGGGGGCUCCUGCAGCAACAACAUGUGCUUUCCCGCUCUCAAGACAAACUACCUGCACUGGUUCAAAUAAACACAGGUUUCCUCUUGACAUAAGCUGACAACCUACAGUACCACAGAGACAUUAUUUUAAUCCCGUAAAGAUUUGCACAAAAAGUCUUGGAUCACACUAUUUUGUAUAUAUGGGCUUUAUUUAAAGACACAAACAUACAUUUGAAGGCAGCGAACGAUUUUGAUGACUUGUACAUAAACUGUAAAUGAAUUUGUUACAUGGCUAUUUUCUAAUUGAUGAAAUAAUAAUUUAUGUAUAGAAUGGGUCCUUAGACACAGAAUAUACUAUAUGUGGUGCUGCAAAUUUCACUGUUCGUUUACCAUUGACAAUGUGGUAAUUAAGGACAUAACACGAUCAUAGCUGCUCAUACCUGCUCACUUUGGUGCUACGGGCAUCACACCUCCAUGUCGUGUGCUCUGCCUUCACAGGAAUGUUGUGAUAUAAAGAUCAAAGCUUCUGACCUCAGAGGGUAAAACCUACACUGUCAGUGUCAACUUUGACAUCAUACUCAACUCUAUUGCAAUUUCCAUUUGUGUCCUGCAACACAUUGUUGCCGAAAAGUGCACUUACUAUUAAUGCUAGCAUAGAUGACGCCUCUGUUAGUCUGAGCAGUUUAAAUCCGUGCAGAUUGGUUUUGUUACAUAGCAAAUGUUUCACAGGUUUCAUUUAUACUUGUAUUAUUAUUCAUACAAUAAUAUUCAUGUUGAAGAAGCACACGCAAUAAAUCAAGCCCACAUAUCUGUUUUAUAGUCAUAUUUGUACGCGGUGUAUUGGUAUAUUUUAUACCAAUAUAUUGAUUUAUAGGACAAAUCCAUUGUUUAUAUUUUGUUAUGAUCACUGAUGUAGUUUGGUUUUUUGGAGUUAGGCACUUAAUUUUGAAAAAAAAUCUGAAAUACCAGGAUUUGUUUUGUUUUGUACAUGUAGAUAAUCAUUAUACCUUGACUAUCCUAAAAAAAGUAUACUGUAAGUUAUUCAUUUUUAUAUGGGAAAAUAUUUAAUUGAUACAAUUUUGUAUUGUUUGUAAAAGGAUUGUAAAUAUAUCUGAAUGAUUAAAAAGUACUGAAUGUGGUUCAUUUGCAUGUCAGCUUUUAUAAUGUUGAAGGAAAUUGACUAUAAUGUUUUGUAACUUGGUACAUUUGAACCAAGCACUAGCGUUAUAUAUCGACAAGCGAAUGCCUCAACGUUUUUAAUUUUAGCAAAUGUGUCAGAGUCUCUUUUCCAAUCGGGACAGUUUCUGAGAAGGACAUGAUCCAAACUGAAGUGGGAGAUGAUGCUUUACAAAAUGGGAACAUUUACCGCACUGACUGUAUU